AUGACGAUGGUUACUCUUCGCUCGAGAAAUGGCGAGUACACAUACACAAAGGAGUUCGAGUCGGAUAACACGAUACUUCAUGUCAAGCAGUACUUAAAAAGCCAGAUUGAGGGCUACUGCCCAGGGCCUGUAGAAAAGGGCAUAAGGAUCAUUCUUAAUGGAAAGGCCGUGAGCGAUGCCGUUCAGCUCCAUACGCUAGGUAGAGAGAGUCUCCAGCUGGUAUACGACGUCUCUGGCCAGAAGAUGGGGCAAGAGGGCCGUGACCAGGAUAGAUGCCUCAGAGAAGAAGUGGAGACCAAUGAGAUAUCAGUCAGAAUUGCUGUGUCUGUCAAGGAAACGGGGGCGAAGAUAAUGGUCGACCCAGAGGAUCUUGUGAUGUUCAAUGGACAGGUCUAUCUUGUCAGCGAAAGAAGGAAGAUACUGACUCUGAAGAGCAUCACAGACCUUCUGGAAAGCGUCAGGAUUUCCAAGGAAGACCUUGUCAAGUUCAUGAUCUUCUUUCUGCUCUUGUACACGGGAAACGGAGGCAUUGUCUUUGUGCUGGGAUGUGUGUUUGUCCUGGAGGCUCUCAGCAGCAGGCUGUCUCUCACACAUCGGAACUACUUCAAGGACAUGGACCAUCUCUGUAGGUCGCUUUACAUGUUUUUUGCCAGCCUGCUCCUCAUAGACCACGGAAGAUUCUAG